AUGAUAACAUCGAAUGUGAUCAAUGAUUAUUGGAUACAUUAUAAAUCAUGUCAACGUCAAUUGCGUACAUUUAUUCAAUUGAAAGUAUUAUUUUCUGGCUUAAUUGAAAUGAUAAUUUUAUUCGAUCGACUUGUUUUCCUUCGAGAAUCUGUACCAACUGCAUCAUCUUAUUUAGUGGCACUUGUUGAACCGAUCAAAUCAUCACGUCGUUGGUGUUUGAUUUCAUUAAAAUAA